GCGGGGCGUAUGGCACACGGGCUCAGUCUGUUUCUACUUGUGCUUGGAAUUAGUGAAAGUCAACAGCAAGCGAAGACAUUUGUCUUCCCCGAAUAUCCGUACAAAGAGACUUCAAAAAACGAAUUACUAUUCCGAGAGUUCGAGCAAGCUUGCGAGGAGAGUGGAGCCUGCAAAACCCUCUCCCAACAGCGAAGCGCAGUGGCUAAGACUCGAUGCAUUCGCGAAUGCGUCUCGCCGUCUUGUUAUCGUGAAAUCUACCUCUUCGAUCAGUUGGAGGAGGGUGAAAUCGACGUGAGACUGAACUCAUUCAAGGGCUGUUUUAUGCAGCGCAACGGUCGCCCUCGGAAAUAACAAAGGAGCAAUUUUUAUAAUUAAAAACGAAAUGUGGUUCAAGGGUCCAAUUAAAAAAAAAACUACUCCAAUUAGGGGAGAUGAGGAUAAAAUUAAACCGCGGGGCAAAGCGAGUAGUUUGCACAAUUCAGGAAAUUUUUUUUUUGCGGUUUCUGGUUAAGGGUCAAAUAGAUUUAAGGGACAAACUUGAUGAUAAACCCUCUUACAGGGUUUUUGACCCUUAAAAUUAUUUAACCCUCAACUCCAAAUCUUUUCAAGGAUCAUUUAAUACUCAAAACCAUUUGACCCCGAACUCUAAACCUUUUCGAGGGUCAUUUAACCCUUGAGAUGAUUUGACCCUUAACUCUAAACCUUUUUUGAGGGCUGUUUGACCCUCAAAACCCUCCCACCCUUAACUUUAAACCUUUUUUAGGGUCAUUUGACCCUCAACUAAAACCAAAAAAAAUUCCUGACAACAAUCAUUUUUUCAGUGCUCCAUUUUGCCCCUCUCUUCUCCCCAAUAAAAUAAAAUCCCUCAAUCUUCAGCUCAAAAAAAUUAUCUUCAACUCAGAAAAAAAAUCCACUUUUACUUCAACGAAAUAUCUCUUUAUUCAUAAAAAAAAAAUAUUUAAUACAAGUAUUUUCAACGCAAUUUUCUCUUUCUAAAACCCCUUAGAAUAACUAAAUCCCCUUUCAGCUGAAGUUAUUCAGACAAAGCGAGAUAAAACAUACGCUUAAAUCCCGUUCCAAGGACAUAAUCCCAAUAAUCCUUCAGAAAAUACUCCAUUAUGCACAUUUAAUGCAUUAUGAGCGUACGAUGAAGGGGACUUAAACUGUCUCACGUACUUUGGAGAUACGUCUCAUUGAUGGGGACAUCAUUUCGGAUGCUGUACUAUCACUCGUAAUUACGUACAAUCACUUUUUUAGGAUUUAACGGUCUUAAUAAUUAUCAAUCGGUCAUGGAAACCUCGAAUUAAUGUUAAUGUCUUAUUAAUAUUGUAAGGAAAUGUUCAUGAAAGUUAAUAAAACGAAUUUAUCAAGUGAAAA